AGACUCCUUCAUAUUCACUCUGGCUUUUGCACUAUCUCCGUGGCAGGUCUUGGAGGGGAAAUUGGAGGACAGAGGAACGCUUUAAAAUUUCGAGAUCUUACCCUCUGGGUCGCUCUAGCCGGUUCCUGUACGCAGGAGCUCGCCUUGGACACCAGAGAAAUUUUUUGAUCGAUACAUUUCAACACCUUGUGAUAUUGUGAUCCUCUUGAUGCUUCGCCAGUGGUAGGAUGACAGUGGGAGGCUACACUCACGGCCAGACCAUUGUUCUUCUCAAACAUGCUCUUCCAAGGUCGUAAACGCUUCUUUCUAUGUGAAAGAACUUGCCAUUAUUGACAUCACAAUUGGCGGCUUUGUUCUCCCACUCGUCUCCGUGUAUGUGGUGCUUUGUCGCUCCGCAAUGGUCGACUGAGCCGACAGAAACAAAGACAUGGAACCAUUCAACCUAACUGGACUCCAAUUGUCAUAAAUACACCUCAGACGUCGCAACAAGAAUACAGGGAAUAAUGUCAACCCUGCAUCGACAGACAUUUAUAAAAAUCCAGCACAAACUCAAAACCACAUAUAUCAUCACCAAAAAACCCCCCCUAAAACACACUAAAGAUGAGCCCGUCCGAAUGCCCAAACUGCGGUCAUGCCCUGGCCACACCGCCGCCCGCCUCAGCCAUCAAGGCCCAGUGGCCAGAUGUCAAGCCUAACAAAACGCUGGACAGGUCCGUGGCGCGCUGCUACCAGUGCGAACUGGCGCAGGCACAUCUCGACUACAAGAUGGAAGUCCACCACGGCGGCCGCAAGAUUGUUGACGCCGUCAUGUGGUACUUUGCCAUCUGGGGGAAGCGCGACCACACAAACACGCUUACCAAGAUUUCUCGCUCCUAGGGGCUCGUUU